AUGGAUGCCAAACCGGAAGCCGACGUUAUUUGGUGGGAUGUUGACACCUUUCGCGUAAGAUGCCCACAUUGCGAAGGGGUUCAUGACCAUCAUCAUGUCAACUGGAAUGGGGCCCAGACACGAGUUCCACAUUGCGGCCACCCUGAAUCCUACUUAUGCUGUUUCCCAAUCAACGAUGAGGGCCAGGUCGCUUAUGAAAUCGACAAGAAACAAGCGCGAUAUGUGAAUAUAUGCUAUAGUAGGGAUGAUAUAGAUGAACUAGACUCACUGUCGCAUGAGUUUGCCUCUAGAGCCAAAGUCACUGUCGAUGACGAAAACGAUCUAAGCUUCGACAGAGACUCUGAGGAAAUGACAACCAUUACAGGAUAUGACUCGGAGUUGUAUGAAGAAAAAGCCAUUCAUGUUACCAUUGCAGAUUGCAAGGACGGAAAUACCGAAGAGGUUCGAGAGUAUCUCGAGUGUUCCCCUGAAGCCCAGCUUUUCCUUCACGGGCGUGACGAUGAAGGCAAUACUACCCUAACCUAUGCGGCGAUGAGAAAAAGCUCAAGUAUGGUAUCUCUACUCUUGGAGCACGGUGCUAGUGUGAAUGCGGUCAAUCACAGAGGGAGGAGUCCGCUCAUGGAAGCAGCGCUAUGGGGUAGACUCGACAAUGCAAAACUUCUCCUGGAAAACGCCGCGGACAAAAACUUGCGAGAUGAUGGAAACCGGCUUGCGGUCGACCUUGCUCGGCCUACCCAAAGAAAUCGACGAGAUAUAUAUGAACGAAUUGGGGGGUACACAUCGCUUUAUUCUAAAAAAGAGCUGCAGCGCCCAGAGGACACCUUCAAAAGAGACUUUGAUCGCCGAAGCAUUGUACGCCUCCUUGGUGGAGAGGACAGGAAGUCCAAGAAUAUAUUUGGCACCCCUCCAAUAUUAUCGCAAUACAGGGAUUACUUUUUCAAAAAAUCACCAAUGGAGGGUUCAAUCAUAUUACAUGGCCCUGUUACAACUUAUCCAGUGGCAUCGAGAUCAAAAACAGUCGCGCGUCUAGAGAGGGGCGGUAAAUUUGAAUCUAUUGUAGCUAUGAGUGGAUGGUCGCAUGGUCAAUGGCUACCAGCCAGUGUUAGCGGCCGACAGUGGACAGAUGAGGUUCUCAACAUUUCUUGUCUUGUUGAUCAUACCCCCGCUUGUGAUAGCGACCGCGAUCAAAACUGUCCGGGUCAAUACAACGCUUGCCAUGCCGAAAAGCAGUUAAUUGCAUACUUUAUUGAUCGUCACGUUUUUCUCAGCCGCGAUAGCGAGCCAGAUUCCAAACUUGAAGAAGAUAUUGAAUCUGUGGGAAAGCAAUUGAAGAGACUGAGCGGAGGGUCGGAAGGCCAACAAAUACUCAAUUUAGAAAGUCAAUUGAAAGAUCUAAAACAGCAGCAAGCCAAUCGUGAAAAGCUUGCCAGAAUGUCCAAAGCACCACCACCGGCCUCCCUAUCUGAAGCGGUUAUACUCAUCAGUUCCCCGGUUUGUGCCGAUUGCUUACAGUUCAAAAACAAAGUCAAUCAAAAACUUAAGCUAUCGCUGCAAUUAUUUGCCGCAUGUUAA